AUUAAAAGUUUAGCAACUCAGAGAAUAUCCAGCUUUUUCCAGAAAUUACACGCCCCUGCUCUAGAAAAGCAAAAAACCCACAAGAAUGCCUACAAUGGCCCUAAUGCGCCAUCAUAGAAAUGUCUCCUUUUUUUUUAUUUUCACUCCUCUGCUGUUUUUCUCUUUUUAUAAUGCAUUCUCUUGUGCCAGGGAUGUUUCAUUUUACACCCUCAGAAACUAAACUUCUGCAGCAAAAAAACCUCGGUAAUUGUUUCCCUGCCAGCCACGCGCCCCUGACACACUUUGAUAAGGCAAACAAAAAGAGCAAACUCUAAUCAGGUUUUCUGUGUGAAGUUAUUCUGCUUGCUAAAACCUUUAUUUGAACAAACUUCGCCCGCUCCUGACUCAUCCAUUUUUAAAUGUCACAUAAAUGCUUAUUUUGCCCAUAUCUCCUACAUUAUUUUUUAAUUGCUCCAAAAAAGAAAAACAAAAUCCUGGUGUCUUUCUAAUUCUCAAAAUUAUUCCCAUUGCAGGUGAUCCAUCGGCGUGUCCCACAGUGAUGACCUCUGACCUCCCAGCUGUCACUGAAAUGGUGAUGUCCAAGCCUGGCGUUGGUCAUGGCGACGCAGCCAAGGUGGAACUUAUUGGCGGCAGGACCCAAAGCCUUCCAGAAACCAGCAGCAGCAUAACACUGGACAACCACAACGCCCUGCCCCCGUCUCCUCCUCCCCCUUCUCCUCCUCCUCCUCUAACUCCUCCUCCUCGUACUACAAUCAAACCUGAUACACCACCUUUACCGCCACCAGCUCACCCUCCAUCCCUACCAACAUCCAAAUCAGCCUCUGUCUCCAGUCCUCCUGGCAAAACACCUCCUCCCGCAAACAGCCCCCAUCGUCCCACCACCCUAAACCUAAAGACACUGCCACGCCCUACUGCCAGGGAGAAUGGCGGGCCCCCUGUAGGAGCAGAUGAAGAUGAGGAUGAGAGAAAGAUGUUAGAGGAAGAUCUGAAGAAAUGCAUUGCAGACUUCAAGAAGAUCUGCUUGCCUAAAGUGUUUCCAGAUCGUAAGAGGCACUGGCAAAGUGACCUGCUUAAGAAAUAUAAUGCAUAGAACCUUAUGGCGCUGUUGUCAACGGUCAGCAAAACACAUUCCAGUUUGAGGAUUUUGCUGUAACAUGCUAUGAACAAUGAAUGCCUCUUGGACCAAGGCUGUAUUUUUAGAUGUUUUGUGAGUCAUCUUUUAGGGACAACAAUUCAUUUGAUUGGUACAUUAUUGAUUUAGAAUACAAAUACCACCAUUAGCAAGCAGAAGUUAACUGGCUAAUUAAUGUUAUUGGAUAGGACAUUAAGAACUCAGAGUAAACUGCUACUUGUUGCCACUGAA